CCCUCUUACCCCAAACUUGGGUUCUCGAAUGAAUUUUUUGUGUUUAGGGUUCUUAUUUUUGUUGUGAUGGUUUUGAUUUUUUCAGUCUUACAUAAAAAAAGAGAAGAGGCACAUAUGUAAUCUUUUUGGUCAUAUUUGUUUGAGAAAUGAUCAAAUUGGAGGCAUCUUUAUUAAGUUUUGAAAACUAGCAUUUGACAAUUGGGCCAAUCUAAAACUUUGAUUUAGAUAUAGUAAUGCAACUUUAGUGAUACCCCUAAAUUAAUCAUAGUGUGGGUGGUGGUGUGGUAGCAUGCCUGGUGUUGGUGGUGUGAGGCUGUUGGUGUAGUAGCAUAUGGUGGUGGUGGUGGCAAAAGUUGUCAUCAAUAAGUACACAGUGGAAGUAACGAUUGCACUAUAGGCAUUUGCUUUCUGCUACUUGUAUUUUUUGCCCAUCGACUGUAUUGAGCAAUAUACUAAAUCGUGCAGCUCCUGAAGAGUUAAGCAUAUCGAGUUUUCCGUCUUGGAUUGUUAAUGAUGAGAGCAGUACUCGAGGGAAAAUCAACUUAAGUAAUAAAGAGAUUGACCUUACAGAAGAAGGUAAAAAGUUAAGUAAGUUGGGGAGAAGUCGUUCAAGAAAUAAGGGUGAAUUGCCACUUGAUUGUGGAACUGAGGUAGAUGCUGAUCAACAAUCUCAAGGGAUUCCUUCAUCCCGUGAAGACAAAGUUAGCAGCCUUAAGACUGGAUUGGUACAUGUUGCAAGAAGGAUGCCCAGGAAUGCCCAUGCUCAAUUUGUAUUAGGCUUAAUGUAUCAGAGGUUGGGUCAACCACAGAAGGCAGUCUCGGCGUAUGAGAACGCAGAAGAUAUCCUACUCCGCGUUGAGGAAGAGAUCAACAGGCCUGAGCUUCUCUCUUUAGUUCAGAUUCACCAUGCACAGUGCCUUCUGCUAGGAAGUUCAGGUGAUGCUAAUUCAGAGAAAGAACUUGAAGUCGAAGAGCUUGAGGAAAUCCUUUGCAAGUUGAAGGAGUCAGUGCAGGGAGACGCUAGACAAGCAUCUAUCUGGAAUACUCUUGGGUUAAUACUCCUUAAAACUGGUCGCCUACAGAGUGCUAUUUCUGUUUUAUCAUCACUGUUGGAUAUUGCCCCAGAUUACCUGGACGCACUUGCAAACCUUGGAUAUGCAUGCCUUCAAAGUGGUAAUUUGGAGCUCGCUGCAAUCUUUUCUCAAGAUUUAGUUUUAAAAGAUCAAAACCAUCCGGCAGCUUUAACCAAUUACGCGGCUAGUCUUAUGUGUAAAGAUGGUUCAAUCGUCGCAGGUGCUGGGGCUAAAGCGGGUGAAGGACCUCCUAGACAUCAAGUUGAAGCUGCAAAUGUCGCAAAGCAGUGUUUGUUAGCAGCUGUUAAAGCUUAUUCGAAAACUGCAGAUGUAUGGUUGAAUCUUGCUAGUGCGUACGAUAUCGCUGGUGACUACAGAAGUGCUGGCAAGUGCUUGGAGAAGGCAGCGAAACUUGAUCCUGGUAUCAUGUCUACUCGAUAUGCCUUGGCCCUUCACCGUAUAAAAGAUGCAGAGAGAUCUCAAGAUCUUACAGAACAGCUAUCAUGGGCUGGGAAUGAAAUGGCUUCAAUUCUUAGAGAAGGUGAUUCCGCAAUAAUUGAGCCUCAUAUAGCAUGGACAGGGCUAGCUAUGGUUCACAGGGCACAACACGAGAUUGCUGCAUCUUUUGAAUUUGGGCACAAAAAUUUGAAAGAGGUGGAACAGCUGGCACUUUACACUUUGAAGCAGGCAAUAGAAGAGAACCCAGAUGAUGGUGUGCAGUGGCACCAGCUUGGCCUUCAUAGCCUCUGCACUUUGCAGUUCAAGGCAUCACAGAAAUUCCUCAAGGCAGCAAUUGCACGCCGAAAAGAAUGCAGCUACGCUUGGUCAAACCUUGGUGUAUCCCUGCAAUUAACUGAGGAUCCAUCACAGGCUGAAGAAGUAUAUAAAAGGGCACUGUCAUUUGCUACACCACAGCAGGCGCAUGCAACAUUUUCCAACCUUGGCAAUCUCUAUCGACAGCAAAAGCUGCAUGAACGUGCAAAAGCAAUGUUCGCGAAGUCACUAGAACUGCAACCUGGGUAUGCCCCAGCUUACAACAAUCUAGGUCUUGUGUUUAUUGCUGAAUGUAGCUGGGAUGAUGCAAAAAUCUGUUUUCAGAAGGCAUUGGAGGCAGAUUCUUUACUUGAUGCCGCCAAGUCUAACUUGAUGAAAGCAGUGUCUAUGUCUCGAGUUUAUGCAGCCUUUUCUACAUCUUUGCUUCAAGAUAUUUGUCCCUUCUGAUGUUUAGCAUGUUUGUUGUUCUAUUACCGUCUGUAAAGUGGGGAGUGUACACCAAUGAUCAAGUCAAAAACGAAAAGUAGGAUAAUCGAUUAGGGAUUUGUGUGCAUUAUGUAUUCUCUUGAUUUAAUCUAAUUCAAAACGUAAAUGCUGAUCUUCUGCAGUGUUUUUGAAAUCA